UCACCCGCCGACCUCACCUUCUCCUUCCUUCAUCCUCGAAUCUCCUCACCUGACCGACUAAAAAAUGCAGCGGUGGGCGUUCUUCUGAGCCCGCCGCCGCCGCCAUCGAUUUCACCCUUCUCCCUUCUACUUCGCGAAGAUUUUCCCCCUCCUCCCUCGCGAUUUCUACUCCCUCGCGAUUUCUUGCGAUUUCUGCUUCUCUCUGUGCAUCGAUAACGACUUGGAGAAAAGGACGACGACGGGUCCACAUUCCAAAGGGACCACAGCCAACAGAUCGCAUUCCCCACCAGCAACAAUGGACGACAUUGUUGAGCUUAUUCUGCGUCAUGGAGGCGCGAUGGAUAUGUCGGGGGGUGUUCCACAGUACGUUGGGGGGGUUGUCGAUGUCGUCAAUGUGAAUCGUGAUGUCUUGUCCUACUUCGAAUUGACGAAGACUUUGAUUGAAGAUUUGGAAUAUAUUUCCGUCGAGAGGCUAUGGUACUUGACACCUGGGGAAAGUAUGGCGACAGGAUUGCAUGAAAUUGUGUCGGAUGUGGAGGUUUUAACUGGGUUGCUGCCUUUGGUUGGAACUGGAGAUAUAAAGGUGUACUUUGAGGCAACAAGGGAUCUCGGAGAGCUGGGUUAUAUGGGAGACAAUUAUGGCCAUUUUCCUGAAGGGGAAGAUGCAUCUGGAGACAAUUCAGCUGCACCUGAGUUUGUUCGGCUAGAGGAUGAUGAUGCUCAGACAUCCGACGAGGAAUACCAUGAGAUAAGAGAUGAUUCUAGGAGAAGGAAUAGAAGAAUGAUAGCAGAUCUUGAUGGUGAAGGUAGUUCAGUGAAUCAAUUGUUUGCGUGGGAUGUCAACCAUCAUGCUGACUUUGCUUUGGAUAGUGCUAGUAUUGAGGGUGGAGCUGAAGCUGAAGCUGAAACUGUGGAGCUUGAUGAGAGUUUGUAAUUUGAUGAGAGUGUGGAGAUUGAUGAGGGUAUUGAAAGGGGUGCAGAACAAGUGAACGUGGAGGAGGAGAUCAAUGCCGAAGGAUCAGUUGAUACAGAGUAUAGGGCCUCUGAGGAUUCUGCCCAUGUUAGAGGGAACAUUGCUGAAGAUGAUGGUGAUACAAGCUUCGACAAGAGCUUGUGUUAUGAUCCCAAGUGUGAUCAUAACACUUUGAAGUUCAAAACACAUAUGCGGUUUUUAGAUGGUAAUCAAUUUAAAGUUCCUGUUAUGAAGAAUGCAAUUAAUAUGGGAGCUGAUAUUAGAUGGGUUAGGAGCAGUGCGACGAGGAAGGAAGAUGUGUGUGCACAAAGGGAAGAGUAUGGUUGCAUGUGGAAGGUUUAUGGUAGUUGGUUUCGUGGAAAAGAAGCAUUCAUGGUUAAAUAUUCUGGGCCAGAUCAUAUUUGCCCUCGAGCAAUUCGGAUUCGUGCGGCGGGUUAUAAGUGGAUUGCAUCUGAGUACCUGGAUGUUUUCCGUGUUAAUCAAGCAUGGAAUGUUAACUUAAUAGCAGCUGAAUUGAAGACCAAACACAAUCUCUACGUGUCUAACCAAACAUGUUAUAAGGCACGGCUCAAGGCUCGAAGACUGCUUUAUGGUUCGCUUACUGAGGAUUUCCACAAACUCAGAGACUAUAUUGGUCAUUUGCUGCGAGUUGACCGUAGAGGGUCAUUUCUGCU